AUGGGAAUGAUGCACGAGCAACAACGCUCAGACCGUGAUAGAUACAUCCAUUACGACUGCACAAAGCUCACCGACUACCGCACCGCUCUCGCACGCGCGCGUGAAUCUGACCCCAGCACAACGACCGACGAGCUGUGCAACGACGUCACAAUCGCUGAUCGAUACAACUUCAGCGGCCGCUCCUACACUGACACUGUUCUGUACGGGAAAUCCGAGGAUGGCUGGACACUGAACCACGGUUCACCGUACGAUGCGGAUAGUAUCAUGCAUUACCACAGCUACAUCAUGGGUAAUGAGAAUUGUCUAAAUGGCAACCAGGCGGAGUGCCCAGUAGCACGUUACAGGGACAGUACGAAUCAUGAUCUCGGAUAUGAGAUGAUUCCUAUGUGGUCUAGGCCGAGUUCGUGGGAUGUGGCGUGGGUCAAGACGCAGUAUGGGUGGAGGUACAGUGGCGCUGAAGAAGGUGCGCAGGAUAGCGGAGGGUUUAGUGAGGGUCGUUUGGAAGAGCUCAUCGAGCAGGGGCGGGAACAAUAUGUUCAGAGCCAGAGCAAGGCAUAG